GAUUCAGUGAUUCGCGAUUCAAACAUUACAAGAGAACAAACAGUCCGUCAGACCGGUGAGGGGAAUGAGAUGAGUACAUCAGGUUUCUGACCCCUCCAUGGAAGAGGCCAGCGAUGAGGGGCUUUUACUCCAAGCUGGACUCCUCAUCUAUAGGUAUGGCUGUGCCUCUGAAUCUGGCCGUGGAGACAGAGAAAGCGCAGGCGCUCCUCCAGACCUUCAGCACUGCCUCUCUGUUCGCCAGCGCAGGCCUAGGCGCUUUCUGUUUCGUCGCUGACCACUUCCUGACGCUACCCUUCAUCCAGCAUCAUCUGUGGCUCAGGGCUCUUUUCGAUAACACUGUCCACGCCAUCAUUGGUCUGUGGUCUUGGGCCAUCGUGAUCGGCUUGAGGAAGAAAAGUGACUUCUAUGAAGUCAUCCUGGCCGGGUUUCUGGCCUCGGUCAUUGACCUGGACCACUUCUACAUGGCUGGAUCAUUGUCAAUCAAAGCUGCUGUGAAUCUGCCACACAGGCCUCCUCUGCACUGCUCUACCUUGAUCCCAGCGCUCUGCUUCUCUCUGCGCCUCCUCAUGUGGGCCUGCCGGCUCAAAGACUCCUGGUGCUCUCUGCCCUGGAUGCUUUUCAUCUCGCUGACAUCGCACCACAUCCGGGACGGGGUUCGCCACGGCCUCUGGGUCUGUCCAUUCGGCAACACAGCACCAAUCUCAUACUGGCUGUACGUAACCAUUACAGCCACACUCCCUCAUCUGUGCUCAGUGCUCAUGUAUCUGACCGGCACCAGAGACAUGAUCUCCACCAAACACGGCGUCGCUAUUGACGUCUGAGACAAUCUAUUUCGCUUCCUUUCUUUACUUUUCCCUGCAAAACGUGAAGCUGGAAAUAUCGCCGUUGGCUCUGCAUCUUUGCCAUUCCUACUUUAUUCCUUCUUGAGAAAUUGUGUCAGUGUGUUUGAUACUUCUGACUGCUGUAGACGUUCAGGUAUCAGUGUGAAAUCAGGUUACGUCGACUGUGGAGACUGUGAAUAGUUUGGUGCGGUGUAGUUCAGGGUUGGGUGAUAAAUCUUUUCAGUAUGAAUGUCUGUGUUCCUAAUAGUUAAUAAUUUAUUACAUUUUGUCACUAAUACAAUAGUAAAUAGCACUAUUUGAGUGAUAAGUAAAUAGAUUGUUUAUUGUUUUGAAUCAGUAUAGGUAAUAGUAAAGGUGUGGUCACUGGUGAAAUGUUGGGAUAAUCUUGCCAUUACUUGAAAUUUCCAAGUGUAGAGAUUUCUGUUGAAAUAACCAGAUUUUACCAAUGGAAAUUUGCAGAACAAUAUGUCUGAACCAUAACAGUUUUUCUUCUGAAGGUAUAUAACUGUAUAGAUGACAAUAUUAGCGUCCUUGUCAAUGCAACGGCAACAUUCUUUUUAUAAAAAAUGAUACUCU